AUACUUUGCUUUAUUACUUUAAUAAUGUUUCAUACAUUGUUCACUGCCAAAUAGAGAGAUAAUACUCGUUACUUUGGCGUAUACCUCUAACUGCUCGCUGCACAAAUUACGGUUCUUUUCCCAUAACAAAUGAUUGUUGCUUUUGUACAUACAAUGCAAACGUAUUUGUUAACAGUUUUUAUUUAGUAUUCUAUUUGGAAUGUUCUUUUAAUGUGUUAAAUUUGUAUUAAUUGUGUUUUGUUAAUUAUUGUUAUGAAAAAAUGAGUUCUUUUAGCCGGGCUUAUCGAGAUCCCAAAUCACCACUCACUCCACUUACACCGCUCAAUGCGAACACUGCGUUUAAUUUUAAUUUAGGUGAUGAUGACUCUCUGAAACCAUUUAUUAAUAUCAUCGAAGCUCAGCGUACUAAAGAAAUUACUAAAUCCUCACCAGCUGGCCUGGCAUGUGGUGUAAAAUACGUGAAUGCGAACAAAUAUAUCAAACGUCAGCCGGCCAAUUUAAACACACAUAAUAUCAUAUCUGACAAAACAAAUAAAACGAGAAAACUAUCACCGAGAUUCAUUUCUACAAAGAAAUGUGAAGUUGACGAUAAAAAUACUUUGAAAGAAACAAACAAUGAUCUAAAUAAUAAUACAAUUAGUUCGAAAUACGCAUCAACCAACAUUUCUGCAAGAUCCUUACGUCGGUCUUUUAAAAGCAAUGCAGCUUUUGAGGAAACUUCUACAACUCAGUCAUCAACAAACUUCAAUGUAAGCCCUCGUGGUACAAUUAAUUAUAACAAUUAUAGUGGUGCCGGUAGCCAAAGCUCGGCACAUAGUUCUAACUGUUCAAUUAGUUCGAAUUCAAGCACAGCUUCAAGCUCUUCGCAUUGUAAUGGAGGUGCACGUCAACAUAAGCCACCCAAACUUGUCUUGAACGAUACAAGUGUUGCUGCAACUGACUCUACGAUGUCAACUGUUUUCAACUGGGUGUGGAAUUGCCUAUCACCUAUGAAGAAUCCAUCUAUUUAUGACUUGCUGGCACGUGUUGAUAUGCAAAAGUAUUGGAAUAUUUUUGAAAAAGAAGAAAUUUUAGAUUUGGAUGUAUUUUCAACUUUGACUCUGGCAGAUUUGCAAGCUAUCGGUAUUAAAGACACUAAUGACUGCGUCAAAAUAUUAAAAUCUGUUGGAUGGGCACUCGAUUUUCUGUCGGGUUUAUUAAAUUUUAAAAGACCUGAAAAAUAAAUUUGAUGUCAUAAAUGUUUUAUUAAUAAUGCUAUGUUUAAAUGUUUGUAUUUGUAAAGAUAAUUUUGUGAAAUGUUCUGACUAUAUGGAAUAAACUUGACUAUGAAAGAA